UGGGUAUAGCCAUGAGGCAAAAAAGACAGCUGAAGCGGAAGAGUGUGGUGAGAACAUGGUGCCGCCGCGGCCAGCAGGUUUCCAAGCAGGGAUUCGGGUAGCAGGAAGGCUUUGGGGGAUGACUGAAGCUAUCACCUUGCUAAUCCUUGCUGUCCAAACUGGCCUCAUUGAGCUGCAGGAGUUUGUGGAAGCACUUCCGUGCAGUUUCUCUCUGUCUCUUCCUGCUGAUCUUUCCAGCGUACAUGGCUUAUAUGAUCUGCCAGUUCUUCCACAUGGACUUCUGGCUUCUCAUCAUCAUCUCCUCCUCAAUCCUCACCUCUCUCCAGGUGCUUGGCACUCUGUUGAUCUGUUGUUCUCUUCAUGGUGGAGGAGUUUCGUACAGCUCCAGUGUAGAACAUGGAUGAAGUCAUAUAUUGUGUUGCGGUGUGCGUGGUGUGCUAUGGUGUAUCAGAGACUGUAUUUGGCGAGUGGAGUGUGAUGGGAAGCACCAUCAUCUUGGUCCACUCGUACUAUAACGUCUGGCUCAGAGCCCAGCUGGGCUGGCAGAGCUUCCUGCUCAGGAGAGAUGCUGUAAACAAGAUAAAAAGCCUCCCUACAGCUAGCAAUACACAGCUGGAGCAGUACAUCUCUCUUAUUACCUUUUAGUCGCAUUGGUUGAUGUGUUAA